AUGGUUGCUGUUUUUCAGAAUUUCAGUUUUUUGAUUUUAUAUAACUUCACUUUGGAGAUGAUUUCCCUUGGACUUUACAAUCACACACAUUACAGUUCCAUCCAUUACACGUUUCUAAACACUACUCCACUUAGUUGGGCUGUUUAUUUCCACAGGUUGAUGAAAUGGUUGCUGUUUUUCAGAAUUUCAGUUUUUUUGAUUUUAUAUAACUUCACUUUGGAGAUGAUUUCCCUUGGACUUUACAAUCACACACAUUACAGUUCCAUCCAUUACACGUUUCUAAACACUACUCCAAUUAGUUGGGCUGUUUAUUUCCACAGGUUGAUGAAAUGGUUGCUGUUUUUCAGAAUUUCAGUUUUUUUGAUUUUAUAUAACUUCACUUUGGAGAUGAUUUCCCUUGGACUUUACAAUCACACACAUUACAGUUCCAUCCAUUGCACGUUUCUAAACACUACUACACUUAGUUGGGCUGUUUAUUUCCACAGGUUGAUGAAAUGGUUGCUGUUUUUCAGAAUUUCAGUUUUUACAAUUUCAACUAGUUUCACUUUGGAGAUGAUUUCCCUUGGACUUUACAAUCACACACAUUACAGUUCCAUCCAUUGCACGUUUCUAAACACUACUACACUUAGUUGGGCUGUUUAUUUCCACAGGUUGAUGAAAUGGUUGCUGUUUUUCAGAAUUUCAGUUUUUACAAUUUCAACUAGUUUCACUUUGGAGAUGAUUUCCCUUGGCAUGGAAGCUCAUACACAUUACAGUUCCAUCCAUUGCACGUUUCUAAACACUACUCCAAUUAGUUGGGCUGUUUAUUUCCACAUGCUGAUGAAAUGGUUGCUGUUUUUCAGAAUUUCAGUUUUUACAAUUUCAACUAGUUUCACUUUGGAGAUGAUUUCCCUUGGACUUUACAAUCACACACAUUACAGUUCCAUCCAUUGCACGUUUCUAAACACUACUACACUUAGUUGGGCUGUUUAUUUCCACAUGCUGAUGAAAUGGUUGCUGUUUUUCAGAAUUUCAGUUUUUACAAUUUCAACUAGUUUCACUUUGGAGAUGAUUUCCCUUGGCAUGGAAGCUCACACACAUUACAGUUCCAUCCAUUGCACGUUUCUAAACACUACUCCAAUUAGUUGGGCUGUUUAUUUCCACAGGUUGAUGAAGUUGUCAAGUUUUACAAUUUUGGUUGCUGAAGGUUCGGCAAUUCACUGUUGUAUAAUUGAACGACAGACACUUCAAUCAGCACUGUGCUUCCCUUUUAUGUAUUCUCCAACGUAG